AUGGGUGUCACCAAGCAGAUUCUCCAGGAGGGUAACAAGCAGGAUUACCCUCAGAAGGGCGACCAGAUCUCCAUGCACUACACCGGAUGUCUGUAUGAUGAGAACGCGCCCAACAAGAUGGGCACCAAGUUCGACAGCUCCGUCGGCCGCGGUCCCUUCAAGACCGCCAUCGGUGUCGGCCGUCUCAUCCAGGGUUGGGAUGAGGGUGUCCCUACCAUGAGCCUCGGCGAGAAGGCCAUCCUGACCAUCACCGGCGACUACGGCUACGGUGCUUCGGGCUUCCCCGGUCUUAUCCCCCCCAAUGCCACCCUUGUUUUCGAGGUCCAGUUGAUCGGCAUCAACAACAAGGCCCUCUAA